GCAGGCACGAGACCGCUCGUUUUGCGUUAACGGGGUAACCGGAGGACGAACGGGCAGAAAUACAAUAGUGGCGGUAUCAUGGAGUUCGAAGAGUCCGGUAUCGGAGAGGAGUGUGGGGUUUUCGGCUGCGUUGCUGCCGGAGAGUGGCCCACGCAGCUGGAGGUGGCCCAGGUCCUGACUCUGGGACUGGUGGCGUUACAGCACAGGGGUCAGGAAAGUGCGGGGAUUGUCACGAGUGAUGGAGCCAGCACACCCACAUACACGAGCCACAAGGGCAUGGGAUUAGUGAGCUCUGCUUUCCCACCCGAGGCCCUCCUGAAACUGCGCUAUGGUAACCUUGGUAUCUGUCACACACGCUAUUCAACUACAGGCUUCUCAGAGCUGCAGAACUGCCAGCCCUUUGUCGUGGACACGCUGCAUGGCAAGAUCGCCGUGGCACACAAUGGAGAGUUAGUAAAUUCUCGUGCUCUGAGGAAAAAGGUGAUGCGCCACGGUGUCGGCCUCUCCACCGGAUCAGACAGUGAACUCAUCACUCAGCUGCUGGCUCUGACUCCACCCAUGGAGGAGCUGGACACACCUGACUGGGUUGCAAGAAUCAAAAACCUCAUGACUGAAACUCCUACAUCAUACUCAUUGCUGGUCAUGUUCAAAGACGUGAUCUAUGCGGUGCGUGACCCUUAUGGAAACCGUCCCCUCAGCAUUGGAAGAGUUGUUCCGAUCUCUAAACUCCACAGUACAGGUGCAGGAGAGGAAGACACGGAGGGGUGGGUUGUUUCGUCCGAGUCCUGCAGCUUCCAGUCCAUCGGUGCCAAGUAUUACCGAGAGGUCUUACCAGGAGAGAUUGUUCAGAUAUCCAAACAUGGAGUCCAAUCUCUGAGUGUGGUGCCUCGCCCUGAGGGAGACCUUCCUGCCUUCUGCAUUUUUGAAUAUGUUUAUUUUGCCAGACCAGACUCGAUUUUUGAAGGACAGAUGGUGUACACUGUGAGGCAGCGCUGUGGUCGACAGUUGGCCAUUGAGGCUCCAACAGAUGUCGACGUGGUCAGUACUGUACCGGAGUCUGCGACCCCUGCUGCUCUGGGCUAUGCUCAGCAGUCUGGUCUUCCGUACAUGGAGGUUCUGUGUAAGAACCGCUAUGUUGGCAGGACAUUCAUUCAGCCAAAUACUCGCUUGAGGCAGCUGGGUGUGGCCAAGAAGUUUGGGGUACUGACGGACAACUUUGCAGGGAAACGAGUGGUGCUGAUCGAUGACUCGAUCGUCAGAGGAAACACGAUCUCGCCCAUUAUCAAACUGCUGCGGGAAGCUGGUGCAACAGAGGUGCAUAUCAGGGUGGCGUCUCCCCCCAUCAAGUUCCCCUGCUACAUGGGCAUCAACAUCCCAACCAAAGAGGAGCUCAUUGCCAACAAACCACAGUUUAAAGACAUCGCUGGUUAUAUCGGUGCCGACAGUGUUAAGUACCUAACGGUGGAGGGCCUCGUGUCAGCUGUUCAGGAGGGAAUUGCUUCCGUGCAAGAGAAGGAAGAUAACAUGUCCAGCAAUAAGGUGGGUCACUGCACCGCCUGCCUGACUGGGAAAUAUCCAGUGGAGCUGGAGUGGUGACCAGCAGGAUCUUCCGAAGAACAGCAGAGGGAGUAAAAACAUCGGACGGGAGGAUCAAGUCCUGUCUGAAACUGUCGCACCUCUACAGCAUCCCAUCCCUCUGUUCAGAACUGGAAUCAGCUGGAUUCUUUUGGUGGUCUAAGCUCUGCUGCCGUUCUCUGGAACGUGUUUCUUUUUUAACCUCAAGUCGCUGGAUGGUGAUUAUAGGGGCACUUUUCUGAGCACACCAUUUGUGUGUUUGGUUUAUUUUGUAAUAUUACUGCUGACAUUUUCAGAGAAAUAAAUGUGUUUACAUCUUU